UUAGGUGGAUCCAGCUGAUGGAAAUAUAUAUACUGAGAUAGUUCUCUGCUCCUUGCUCCGAGCAAGUGAACAGCAUGGAGGAAGGAGGCAGGAGAGGGAUCCCUUCUCUGCUAAAUUCAUCGUCAUCAGAUGAACAUAUCGCCACUGAUAUCACUCAGCUUGUAGGAUGGACGCCACUGAUAGAGCUGAACCGGAUCGUCCGAAAAGACGGGGUAAAUGCCCGGAUUGUUGGCAAAUUGGAGUCAUACCAACCCCUCUGCUCUGUCAAGGAUCGCAGUGCUCUGAGAAUGAUUGAGGAUGCAGAGGAGAAAGGUCUGAUCUCACCAGGCGUUACGACGCUAGUCGAGCCGACAAGUGGUAAUCUUGGAAUAGGUGUGGCAUACAAUGCUCUGCUCAAAGGUUACAGGUUCGUUGCAGUCAUGCCUGCUGAGUAUUCACUUGAUAAGCAAAUGUUGUUGACGUAUCUAGGGGCCGAGGUUAUUUUAACUGAUCCUACACUUGGUUUUCAGGGACAAUUAGACAAAGUUGAACAGAUCAAGAAUGAUAUGCCUAACGUACAUCAUCUUGAUCAGUUUAAAAAUGCAGCAAAUCCUGAAGCACACUUUGUAUGGACAGGGCCUGAGAUUUGGAAGGAUACGGCAGGCAAAGUAGAUAUCUUUGUGGCUGGUUCUGGCACAGGAGGAACAAUUUCAGGUGUAGGGAAAUAUUUGAAGAUGAAAAACCCAGCAGUUAAAGUAAUUUGUGUUGAGCCUGCGGAAAGCCCUGUAAUUUCAGGUGGUAAGCCUUCGCGGCAUAAAAUUCAGGGAAUGGGUCCAGGCUUUGUACCAAAAAACCUGGAUAUCUCAAUCGUCGAUGAGAUCAUCACAGUAACUGCACAAGAUGCAAUGGCUAAUGCAAAGAGGCUGGCAAGAGAAGAGGGUUUACUUGUGGGCAUAUCAUCCGGAGCUAAUUUGGCAGCUUGUCUGAAGGUGGCAUCGAGGAAAGAAUAUGAGGGAAAGAUGAUUGUAACCAUUUUCCCUAGUGGUGGUGAAAGAUACAUGAACUCUGACCUCUUUGCACAAGCAAGGGAGGAGUGCAGCGCCAUGACCUUUUGAUCUCAUGGCUUUUUCAGUUCUAUUCUACUCUGUAUGGAAGCCAAGGUGGCUUGUACACUGAUCAGUGAGCAGAGUGUGGGGGAAAAUAAAGAAAAGCCGGAUGUGUUGUACUUGUUUGUUGUAUGAAAAUAUGAAAUAAGAGGACAAGCCAUUUAUUAUUUUUUGUAAAGAAGACUAUAAUCUUUUGUCACAUGUUUACUCCAUAAUUUUCCCUCA